AUGGCAUCUACUUCAUCAUCAUCAUCAUCAUCUUCAAUUUUAUUAUCUUUAUUUGAAUUACCCAAUCCAGUUGUUAUUAACAUUAUUCAACAUUUAACUGUUUUUGAUUAUUUUCGUCUAUUUGGUUCUUCCAUUUCUAAAAAUCAAUUACCAUCGUAUAUUCUCAAUGAUCCUCUUCUAUGGUCCGAUGUUGAUCUAUCACAAUGUCAAUUAUUACCCUAUGAUAUUUAUCAAUUAUUUAAAUUUUAUAUACAACAAAAUUGUUCUCAUGUACAAAAAUUAGCUUUCACUUUACCAUCAACAAAUAAAGUUGGUAUUGAUCGUGCUGAAUGUUUUGAUUUUAAAUUAUUUACAAAACUUAAAAAAAUAAAAAUAUUUACACAUGAUCAACCUUAUAUAUGUCAAGAUGCUGAUGAAGAUAAAAAAACUCAUGAUGAAAAUCGUAUUGAAAUAUUAAAUAAUUAUUAUUUAAAAAUGAUUUGUGCACAAUGUCAACAAUUAACAAAUAUUCAAAUAUACAGUUUUGAUGAAACAUACAAUGUCGGUGAAUUAAAAUUAGAAUGUAUUCCACAAUUAAAUUCCGUUUCAUUUAUUGGUUAUGGUAUUUAUGAAAAUUUUCAAACCUAUGAUUUAUUAAAAACAAAAUUAACACGUUUAGAACUUGGUCGUUUAUCUAUGUAUGGUAUUAUAUCACAAAUAUUUCAAUCAUGUUUAUUAGAAUUAAAAUCACUUGUAUAUUUUAAAUGUAAAAUUGAUUUUAUCGAUGAUGACGAUGAUGAUGAUUCAUCAGUAGAUAAUUUAACAGAUUUUACUCAAUUUUUAUCUAAAUUAAAAUAUAUUAAAGAAGUAUAUAUUGACUUUUAUUUUAAUGUAACAUUACCUCAAUUAUCAGGUGCAAAUAAACACAUUAAUUUAAUUGUUUUUUAUCAAAAAAUUGGUGAAAAAUUGUAUCUUAAUAGUGAAUAUUAUUUAGAAGAGAAUAGAGGCGAAAAAUAUGUAUUUAAUCGACAUAUGUUAAAUUUAAAAGAUUCAAAACAAAAUGUAAAACAAUAUUUAUAUAAAUAUAUUCUGUGUAAUAAAUAUCUCAUGACAAAAGAUGAACUUGUCGAAACAACAUGGUCUGAUUUAUGUUGGCAAAUACAACUUUUAAAAACAAAUGUUGAUUUACAAGAUAUCAAUGGUAGAUGA